GUGUGCCCGCGCCGUGUCCCCCGCGUGCUGCCUGGCGUGAGUCACCCGCGGGGCUCGCCUUUAUAACCGCCGCCAGGCUCGCGGCUCGGCAGAACAGCCCGGCCACGCGUCCCCAACGUCCCGGCUCCCCCAACGUCUCCGAUCGCGCGCCUCCACCGCCACCGUGUCUCCGGGGAGCCAUGGGGGGCCCGCGCUGUGCCCCGCUACUGCUACUUCUGCUGCUACCGCUGAUGCUCUCGCCGCCCGCCGGGGAUGCCGCGGUCAUCACCGGGGCUUGCGACAAGGACUCUCAGUGUGGAGGAGGCAUGUGCUGCGCUGUCAGUAUCUGGGUCAAGAGCAUCAGGAUAUGCACGCCUAUGGGCCAAGUGGGAGACAGCUGCCACCCCCUGACUCGGAAAAGCCAUGUUGCAAAUGGAAGGCAGGAAAGAAGAAGGGCGAAGAGAAGAAAAAGGAAGAAGGAGGUUCCAUUUUGGGGUCGAAGAAUGCAUCACACUUGUCCCUGCCUGCCAGGCUUGGCAUGUUUAAGGACUUCUUUCAACCGGUUUAUUUGCUUGGCCCGGAAGUGAUCACUUUGAAGUAGGAGCAUUGUGAAGCUCCGCUGCACAAUGUCUGCCCAGUCUCACUUGUGAUUGUGUCAAACAGAGAA